GUUCUGUGUCUGACUGACUGUGUUCCGUCCGGCAGGUUUCUGGACGGGAAGCUGGUGGACAUCAACAAGGAGUUCCAGCCCUACCUGGGUCAGGGAGGACGCAUCCUGGAGAUCCGCACGCCCGACAUUGAGACCAGCGUGAAAAAGGCUGCCCAGGCCGUGGGCUACACAGAGGGGGCGCUGCUUGCCCUCGCCAUCAUCAUCAUCCUCUGCUGCAUCCCCGCCAUCGUCAUCGUCAUGGUCACCUACAAACAGUGAGUGCACAACCGCUGUUGUCAAGCUACACGCAACGUGUGUGUAUGGUAAUGGUUGUCUUUCAAAGCUAGCACUGUAGUUUGUUGAGCGUAAGGAACAUUAAACAUUAUGUCUGGGAGAAUAUUCUGAUGCAAUGCAUUCUCGUUUCACUCUUCUGGGGUAAUUGCAUUUUGGUGUGAAUAAGUCAUGCUGAUAACAAAAGAAAAAGCUUAUUGAGUUCCUGCAGACAUAGCUUGGAGAGCCUGAUGCUUUGCAUAAUACUGUGAGCUAAGAAAUAGAGCAGAAUUUGUUACUAAGACUCUUAUUAUUAUAUUCAGUUGUGAAAUAGGCUGAGCUCUUUGAUAGGGUGUUUUAUCCAAAGCCUGGCUGUUAUCUGAAUAACUUUGAAGGAAUCCCAUGAAUAAUGCACAUUGUUUCACCUAAAGCGGUGUGUUUUUCAAAAGGAACCUUAACAACCGCCAAACAUUAACAUUUUAUGGAGUUGCAGGAACAUUGCGGCGUCUCACAAUUCCCAAUUUAAUUAAUGUUUCUCAUUGUGUUGUAUUAACAAAAUAGGAAUGAACUAAUUGUAUAAUCAAGGUUCUGAUGUGUUUUCUUUUUCCCUCUGCUCCCCUGUCUCCCGCACUGCCUGGAAAACCAUCCACCAGAUUCAAAGAGUAAGUAACUGUCCAUGUGAAAUUAGUGAUCUCUCUUUUAUGCUCUUGAGCGUACAUGCUAUAUGGUCCUCAUAACUAAAUAGUCCUUUAAAGAUUAAGCAGGGACUCAGAAUGACUGUAUUAAAAUGAGGAGAAAAGUACAAAUAUUCAAGUUCAAGUCAUCCCCUUCAAAUGGGCUAAAAUCCUCAGUAAUUGGGAAAGACAAUUACUUUUUUAUAUCAGAGAUUGGCUCUACUAUUUUUAUCUCAGUAAGUUGAAAUUAGCCACAUACUGUACUGAUGUUCAAUCACUUCAAUCACCAAAGACAUGUAGCCUUCAUGGGGAACAAGUGAUGAAAUGUUAUAGAAACAAAGUGCAGUGGAUGGACUCAAACUGAUUCAACUUUAUUUGAACUUCAGGAGACAGGCGGAAUGUGCCAAAACUGCCAGGAUUCAGCAGGCUCUGCCAGAGGGCAAGUCUGCCGCUCCACGUGCCCCAACAGACAAUCUCUAUGAGGAACUGGGGGACAUCAACAUGUAAGUCACCUUUGAACGCUUCCUCCUAACCCCUCACUUCCUGUUUCAGGUACCAUGUACCCAUGAGUAAUGCCUAUUUGUGCAGAUGAUGUAGUAUGUGUUAGGACAUUGCCUAUUUUUCAAACAGCAAAAUAAUUUAUUGACUAAAAAGGCCUUAGUCCAGCAACAAUGGACUAACAACAGACAUUGGUCUUUAGAGUAUGUAAUGUUGAGCUUUAGACAUUUUGAGGACAGACCCAAUGCCUAUGCCUAGUCCAUAUGUAGGAUCAAAUAGCAAAACAAGAGUGUUUGAGCUUAAACACAACUCAGCUUUGAGAAAGCGGCUAGUCUCCUACACCUGUUCUUGAAUAUUUUUCAUUGAUUUAAUAUUUUUUUUAUAACAGUAACUGAGAUAUGUUAUUAAAGUACUAUAUAUCGUUAGAGAAUUUGCAUUUGAAAAUAGUGGUGUAAUGUCAGGGGUGCUAGGUAAUACACUUUAUAAAGGUAAGGCUUAACAGGGUAAUUUUUGCUUUCACCAAAAGUGAUCCUCCCUUUGUAAACUUUAGAGGUAUGGUGCUUCUUUAGAUGCUUAUAGCUUAUAUCCUACCAUCCCUAAAAUGGAAAUACCUCUGUGACUGUGCUUUGAUUUCUUCAAAUCAAAUAUGAUUAGAUUUUUGAUUUUGUAUUAGAUGUACUUGGGAUGUUUUGAGUGGAGACUUUAUAUCCUGUCCAAAUAUUGUCAGCAGUUGAAUUGCUGUUCUAAAACUUUUAAAUUCAAACAAAUUUUUCAUCAAAUGACUCUGAUACUGUAUCCACCAGAAGAAAAUGAAAAUAUGUCCUACCCUGCUGCAUUACCUUUGAGUUUGAAUCACAUAUUUUAUAUUAUUUCUUACUAUAAUCAUAAUACUAUGAGUCAAAAAGAGUGAAGGAUUCUGCAAUAACAGUCUGUAGCACCCUCCUCACCCCUUCUCCUCUGCUUCCUCACCCUUCAUCCUUCCUUCACCUGUGUUUCAACUCUUUCUUUUCUCCACCCUCCAUCUUCAUUCCUAAUGGGACAGGGAUAAAAAGUCUAUGAUCGAGGGAGCCGACCGCCAGAGCCGCCUUAACCGCUUCGCCUGUCGCGAUAUCUCCUUCCGUAGCAACGGAUCACUGCACAACAACCUGCCCAAGUCAAAGAGCAACGUCACCUUUCUGUCAGACCACUACCCCAUGACCACCACCAACCCACUCUACGACGAAGAAGAUGGGAACCUCAGCAGCCCCUAUGGGACGGGGAGAGAGGGCUCUUUCUCUCCCUCCCCCUCUGGAGGGUCUGGGAAGGCCUGUACCAUCCCGACCAGUCUCUAUGGAGGGUCAGAGGCGUAUGAGUCGCUGAAGAUACAGGCUCUGCUGGACCCGGCCCAGUGGGAGCUGCAGCUGCUCCAGGCGGGGAUGAAGGGCCAGGAUGGCAUGGUGGGUUAUGACGUCCAGAGCAGCCGCAGCACAGAGGAGAGCAAGCUGUCGGUCAGAAAGCAGGCCAGGCAGUUUGAACAGCAGGCCAUGCAGGAGAGAACCCCCAGGGGAGGGUGUGACUCCAGGGGCUCCCUGACUUCCCUUCCACUACUGUUGAACCGGGACAGCAUUGACAUGCUGGAGCUGAGUGCGGAGACCCUGUUCUCCAUCAUGGACCGCCCCUUCAGCCCCAUGUCCAUAGGGAAGGAUGUGCCCACCCGCAUCAUCAUCACCCAGGGGGAAGGCUCCCCGCCCCUGGCUCAGAAGCCCACCCAGCCUGUCCUCAGGAAGUUCAGCUCCAGCAUCUCCAGCUACUUCACCGCUGAGCCCUGCGAGUUCACCGUGGAGAUCAUCCCUGACCUGCCUGAGAAUCUGCCAGCUCCCCCUCCUUCUACUCAUUCUCCUCCACCUCCUCCUCCUUCUCAAUCGCCUCAUUCUCGUCCUCCCCCUCCUUCUCCUCCUCCUCCUCCCUCAUCUCCUCCCCCUGCACCCUUCAAACCUCACUCCAGCGAGCCUGAUCAUUCUCACCCUCCCUCUUUCCCUCCCUUUCCCCCUUCUGUCCGGAAUCAUGCCCCUCCACCACUUCCGUCCCCUUUUUUUCCCGCUUUUUGAUGGCCACGCCACACUGUUCAGUUUGUCCCAUACUCCCUGCCGCCCUUUUCCUCUCUCCACCCUGUCUCCUCCCAUGCCCCUCCCCUCCCAACUCCCCCCCAAUCCGAGGACGGAGUGAAGAGGAAGGAGCUAAAGGGGAUUCUGAAAAACCUCAAGAACCUCGCUGACAUCGAGAAGUCCGUUGCCAACCUUUACAGUCAAGUAGACAAGAAUCGUAAGGUGCCGCGAUUCGGCCCCCACAAAAAAAGACAGAGGAACCAGAAGGUACUCCGAGACAAAGCAGAUCUGGGUCCUGUGAGGAACCAAACCAGCCAAACCUGA